AUGCAUCGAGUAUCGACUUCAACAUAUGCACAACCUCCUCAAUAUGAUGACAUUGAGCACGAUUACAACACUCAAGAAGCAGAAGGAACUAUGGAUGCAAAAAGACAUUCAAUUUCUUCCUUCUCUGAUUUAGGAAUGCCAAGCAUUUUUGGAGUGUAUGCCCCAACUCCACCUUCGGCACAGGGUUUUGAAGGACCUUAUCAACAAUCCCCUUAUAAUGUCCAAUAUCAUAAUGAAACAGUGUCAUCCUCCGAUGCAUAUCAAGGUCAUGAAGAUGCAGAGCAUCAUGAAGCCCAACCUUCAGAGGAAGAAACACCUAGACCACCCCAAGGAAGGAGGAACCCAACUAGGAAUAGAAGAAUUCAGGUUACUCAAUCCCCACAAAGAGGGCAAAUCUUUCACGCUGUACUAAAAUCCGAUCAGGAAGAUUUCGUUCCACCGGUACCCUACCAUACGAGGCAUGCAUUUUCCUCAUGGUGCAAUCAUCUUAAGACAAGGGAGUGCCAACACCUCCAGCGAUGGAAAAGAGUACUCUUGGCCUCCAAUAAUCCAUUGGUAGUCUAUGUAUUCCAGUCCAGCCUUGCGCAUUCGUCAUUUUUACCGUUCCACGAGAAGUUCGGAUUAAAAGCAAACACAUCAAGAACACUCUGCUUGAGGUUUCAAGAUCCAACUGCAAGAACCAAGGGAGUGGCUGAGGGAGAAGGUUGGAAAGAUAUGGUGAGAGGGGUGAAUCAUGGUACAGGCAAAUUACUGCCAUUUUUGGGGAUGUUGGUGGCUAUGCUAACUCAAAGUGGGAGCAUGGUGGUAAUCAAAUUUGCCAUGAAUGAUGAGAUCAACAAAUAUGUCAUGGUUGUCUACUCCAUGGCACUCUCCACCAUCUUGCUUCUUCCCUUUGCCUUGUUUCUCCACAGGAGUUCAGGAACUAUAAUGGCUUAUGUUGGCAUAGAACUGAGCUCGCCGACACUUGCAUCAGCCAUUCUUAACGUCGUAGGACCUUAG